GAAGAAGAAAUUUUUGGUUGUGUCAUUUGCUGGUGGAAGGCCAGAAAAAAAAAAAUCACAAAAAUUUUCCUCCUCUCCUACUUUGCGGUGAUAAUGUUUUGCGGUUAAAUUGUCGAAGAAAAUGGAUUAAUUUGGGCGCGCGUUGAAGUGUGCGAUAGAAUUGCCGCGUAUCAAGUGUGCGGUCGGCUCCCAGCCGGAUAGAGAAGAUUGAUAAGAAGGCACACAAGGCGUGUGUGGCCUAACUUUCUAGCAAGGAAGCCAGCAGCGAAGAGAGAAGGGAAGGUACGAAGAAUACAAUAAAAUCAGCCUGCCACUUUAUCCGCGUUCUUUCGCUGAACAACGGAAACAAACACUGAUUAUACGCAGAGUGUGCGUGCAAAAGAGAGAAAUUGAGACAGAAAAGUGUGAAGACGCCUGGUCUAGUGCGUUGCAUCGGGGACCAACAUGAUAGGUGGACUGUUCGUGUAUAACCACAAGGGAGAGGUUCUGAUCUCCCGCGUGUACCGGGAUGACAUUGGCCGGAAUGCAGUCGAUGCGUUCCGCGUGAAUGUGAUCCACGCCCGGCAGCAGGUUCGUUCACCGGUAACGAACAUAGCCCGUACGAGCUUUUUCCAUAUUAAGCGGGCUAACAUUUGGCUAGCGGCCGUAACGAAGCAAAAUGUGAACGCUGCCAUGGUGUUCGAGUUUCUGCUGAAGAUUAUCGACGUGAUGCAGUCAUACUUUGGCAAGAUUUCGGAAGAAAACAUCAAGAACAACUUCGUACUAAUCUACGAACUGUUGGAUGAAAUUCUGGACUUUGGCUAUCCGCAAAACUCGGAUACGGGUGUGCUGAAGACGUUCAUCACGCAGCAAGGCAUCAAGACGGCGACGAAGGAAGAGCAGGCUCAGAUAACGUCGCAGGUUACCGGCCAGAUCGGUUGGCGCCGGGAAGGCAUCAAGUACCGCCGGAACGAGCUGUUCCUCGAUGUGCUGGAGUACGUGAAUCUGCUGAUGAGCCCCCAGGGCCAGGUACUGUCGGCGCACGUUGCCGGCAAGGUCGUUAUGAAGUCGUACCUUUCCGGCAUGCCGGAGUGUAAGUUCGGCAUCAACGAUAAGAUCGUGAUGGAGGCGAAGGGUCGCAGCGGUAUAUCCGGCAAUGCGGACAACGAAGCGUCCCGGUCGGGCAAACCGGUGGUCGUGAUCGAUGACUGCCAGUUCCAUCAGUGCGUGAAGCUGAGCAAGUUUGAGACGGAACACUCGAUCAGCUUCAUACCGCCGGAUGGUGAGUUUGAGCUGAUGCGCUACCGCACGACGAAGGACAUCUCGUUGCCAUUCCGCGUGAUUCCGCUGGUGCGCGAAGUCGGCCGAACCAAGAUGGAGGUAAAGGUUGUGCUAAAGUCGAACUUUAAGCCGUCGUUGCUUGGGCAGAAGAUUGAGGUGAAGAUUCCUACCCCGCUCAAUACGUCCGGCGUGCAGUUGAUCUGUCUGAAGGGUAAAGCUAAGUACAAGGCGUCUGAAAAUGCGAUCGUAUGGAAAAUUAAACGCAUGGCCGGUAUGAAGGAAACGCAACUGUCGGCCGAAAUUGAACUGCUCGAAACGGAUACCAAAAAGAAAUGGACUCGACCACCGAUCUCGAUGAACUUUGAAGUUCCCUUCGCUCCAUCCGGUUUCAAGGUCCGUUACUUAAAGGUAUUCGAACCGAAACUGAACUACUCCGAUCAUGAUGUGAUCAAAUGGGUGCGUUACAUCGGCCGCAGCGGACUGUACGAGACGCGAUGCUAAGACACGAGCGUGCUAGAUGUGCGCCUGACUCAGUGGCUCAGUUGACGAAUUCUGUUCUACUCUGUUUGCUCUGCUAUUAUUAAUGUUAGUGUCGUUUCACCGUAUCGGGAUAGUAAGCAUAAUUAAGGUAUAGCCCGAUCGCCUAUUUGAGCGAAAUUUUGUGCUAUUGCUUCCAACCGACACGUACGCACAUGCCGUACGCAUUUUGUGUUUGAUAGUACUCACCUUGUUCCUUUCUCUAUCUUUCUCUCUCUCUCUCUCUCUCUCUCUCUCUCUCUCUCUGUCUAAAGCUCCCUGUUUUGUUUCACUCUGUUUCACGUGGCAAUAAGUUUUCGUUUAGGCAAUGUAGCAAAAUGAUAAAAAAUGUUUUUGUGCUAUGAGUUUUGUAGAGAAAAUUAUAUGUUUGAUUUCACACUGUUUUGUUUUGUGUUUUGUUGGCGAUGCAAUAGCAAACAUAAGUGCUAUUGACGUGAAAACAAUCGAAUACAGCACGAUGAUGGAUCAGCAGUUCGUUCAUUCUGCUGAACCAUGAGUAAAUGCGUAUGUUAUUUGGAAAUGGUAGACAGACAAGCAUAUGACGAGUGUAGCAAGUUAUCCGUGUUAUUAUAUCGAAUCCAAUGUGUAUAAUCGACACAUUCGCGUGUGUGUUUUUUGUUAGGUUCGGUAGACGAUCCUAUCCGUAAGCAAAACUAUAUAGACAUAGAAAGCAUAUUAACAAAGGCAUAACCAUAAGCUCUAACUAGCGCUCAUAGCGGAUGUGCUUAUUAUCGAAGCAGGGGAGCAUUUACAGACCCGUCAAAAGACUCCUCGUCGAGUGAGCAAUGCUGAACAAAACGCAAACGCUGCCCCACGUACGUUGCGGACGAAUCUCUGGACGUCGGUUUAUAUGCACAGGCACCGCAGCCAGUGGAGAACUAGACAGUACAGACUGCUAGAACAGUCGUAAAGCAUACACAACAGCACGUGCGUCCCACGAGGACCUCAACCUAACAAAAGCCAUCAGAUAAUGUCCAGUUGUAAAGGGUACGAUCGAACGAAUGAUCGUUGAUGCUAACUAUAGUGCGUGUUGGUGGGAGUUGUAUGUGAAGAUUUAGUUAGAUUCAAUGUGCCGUCAUGCGUUCUUGUUGAACUGGCCGCAUAUAAACAGCCGAUGGCAUUAAUUGGUCUGUGCCGAAUAUAUUGCUUCUGUAUAUAUGUAACCCCCAAAACCCCGUUUCGCCAUCCAUUCCAAAAUGCGUAUUAGAAUUGAGAUAGUAGUUGGUUUAUGUAUUUGACGUUCCGGAAUCUUUUUUUUUAUAUACUUUCGCUGCAACACUAUCAACAGAGUAUUUAGAAAACUAAAAUUCGUAAUUGCACGAUUUUUUUUCUCGGUUGAACGCUUUACAGCGUAAAGUAUGCUAAUUAUUCGCAGCAUAUAAUAAACUACUCUAUUUUUCGUUACGAAGGUGUUGACAUAGUUCAAAAAUUAGUAACAUAGUAACUUCAUCGCUAACCCGAAAAUAAUUAAACAAAAAUUCCUGGAAAUCACACCUUAUUUAUUUGUUUUCGGGAGAACGAUAUCUAAACUGGGUUCAAAUACACACCGUACAUUUAUUAGCGCAAACAAAGGAAGAAGGCAUUGUAAUUGUAACUGAACAUUAUAUUAUAGAUUGGCAGUGCGUUUUCCGCUUUUUCUUACUUCAUCUGAAUACUAACAUACUGUAAGCAUAACACACAAAUUCUUAAAUCAAAUCCGCAUCAAAAAGCAAACAUUAAUUAAUUAAACUAUCGAAUCGAAGGAGGGGGGAUAGACAGUAAAACAUGCAAAACUAUUACGAAUGCAACAAGCACAUACACAAGCAUAUACUAAUGGAUAGUAAAUGGUGAACGUCAUAAAAACACACAGUUGAUAAGAAUAUAAUAAUGGCAUGAAUAAUAUUAUUGCGUAAACUAUUAAGAAGAUAAACUUAGUUGUUGAAAACAAAGGAAGUAAAAUCGAUGAAAGUGGAAAUGAAUAA